AUGGCUGAUAAGGGUAAUGCGGUUGGACCUCAACACCAUAUUCCUCCACCGAAAACACAAGGUGCUGCCACUGGUGGACAACAACUGUCGGCAACGGCCGGACAGUUCGUCGACAAAAUUGAUCCGUUCUCGAAAAGAGGCACGAGUAAGCGACGUCGCAGAUUAGUGAAUAGCAGUAGGUAUCAUCCAGAAAAUGAACCUGAAUUAGUGCAGCUUCCACUCAUUAAAGGUUAG